AACGUUUUCUAAUUGAGUGUCAAGUUUAAAGAUGAUGAAAAUAAGACUAUUGCUGUUGCCGUUGCCGUUGCCGUUGCUGCCCUGCCUGCUGUUCAUAGGUCCCCUCAGAGCCAGCUGUCCCAUCUAUCUGACCAUCUCGCUGUCCGGCAAGGCCUUGCAUGACUCUUGCCUGGAGGUCAACUGGGGUCCCGACUGUGCCGGGCCGCCCGAAUGGAUUGGCAUCUAUGGCCAGGAUCCGACCAUUUCCAACUUCCAGCCGGAUCUGCGCAUCAACGGCAUUACCAAUCGGACAGGCAAACUGUCGACGCCCAUAAAGUUGGGCAAGCUGCUGUUUCCUGGAGGAUGGAAUCGUCAGGAUAGCAACGAGCUGCCGGCCACACGGUACCCCAGGGGCAAGUGCCUGCCGCAUUAUGUGGCCAGCUACAAUGGCACGGAGCUGCUUACCGUCGAGUGUCUGAAGAUACAGCCCAAUUGGAUGGCACAGAUCAAGGAUGGGGACCAGAUGCCGCUCAAGAGCCUCUUCCUGCCGGGCAGCCAUGCCUCGGGCGCCUUCAUUGCCAGCUACAGCAAGACCAAGUCGCUGCUCGUCAAGGACUAUCUGGUGGCGCAGCAUUUCGAUGUCUGGUCGCAGUUGGUCUUUGGCAUACGUUAUCUGGACUUUAGUGUGGGCUACAAGUACAUGGACAGCGACAACGAUGCCGACAAUUUCUGGAUAGCCAACGAGAACAUGUUCAUCAUUCCCUUGGCGGGUGUACUGCGCGACGUUCGUCACUUUGUGGAGCGUUCUGGAGAGCUGGUCAUCCUGGACUUUAGCUCCUUCCCCAUAGGAUUCUACAAGCAUCCGGAGAUCUAUAGCUCGCUCUUUCACCUGCUGCGGCAGGAGCUGGGCGAAGUGGCCUACCAGCGAAAUAUGACCCUGGAUCAGCACUGCGCUAACCGUAACUUUAGGCAGCUCCUGUCGCUGGGCAUACAUGUGGUGCUUUUGUUUCCCACCCAAGAACUACCCUAUCCGGAGAACGAAUCGGGCCUCCUCUGCUCGCCAUGGCAGCGCUUUAGCACCAGCUACAUGAACAUCUCCCAGACACUGGACUAUAUGCGACUGCUGUUCAGCAAGAAGCCUGAUGGACCAGUCCAGGAUGAUGGCUGGAUAUUCACCGCCGUCAAGAGCAUGGAGCAGACUCUCAACACACACAAGCUGCAGACGGCCAAGGAGAGGGCGGCAGUCAUCAAUCCCAAGGUGAAUCAGUGGCUGAAGGGCCCAUGGGGCAUGAAUGCCAACGUCGUGGCCAUGGAUUACUUCAGCAACACGAAUAUCGUCGAUUUGGCCAUAGAAGUGAAUGCCCACAAGGCCUUCCUGCUGGCCACGAAGAACAAGUUUAUUAACUUGGAAAUAUUGCGUUAAAAACGCCGAAAGAACUAAAAACGAAUUACAAAUAUCGUUAAUAUAUCCUA